AUGGGACACGAUCAAUCUCACCCAAAAGCCAAUGGUCAUGGUCUCUCGCUUGACAGCAUCCUGGAUGGCGACCACGACAACCUAGAGCCUUCGGUGUCCAAAGACGAAGCUCCAGAGGAGGAAACUAUUGAGGGCGUGGUCGCUCAAGGGUUCUGUGUUGAGUGUGAAGACCAGCCUGCACAGCUUUUCUGCGAGACGUGUAACGACGAAUUCUGUGAAGUCUGUUUCGCUGCGCAACAUCGCAAAGGAACCCGGAAACGUCAUGCGACUAAACCUUUGAAAAAUGCGCGGAGAGACAAGAAAGCCAAACUAGACGAGGGUGCGUCAGGCGAGACGGCGGUUCCAGCGCCGGGUACGCAGGCCUCGAAUGGGGAUGCAAUGCAUGUCGAUGACGAAUCCGAUGACGAGCCGGACAGCUCUUCAACAGCGGCCGCCGGGGAGAAGAGUACCGUCGCGGAUGAGUCCACGGUUGGCGAGUGGUUCGUCGACCGGGCGAAGUUCGUUCCCAUGCGUCUGACCCUCGGCGAGCGCAAGUAUCUCCGGCUGCUAGAAGCCGCCCUCAACGUGUCAGAGUACACCGACAAGAUUGAUACCCUUGGCGGCGGCCUCUCGAAGGCGAAGCGAAUCGUACACCAAAUCCGCGAGCUGUGCGCGAUCAUGUCCGGGCUCGUCCUGUCGGCAGACUACAAGCAGGGCCAGGAGCUCUUCCAAGACCGUGACUUCGCAGCGAACGAGGAGUUCUACCAGCAGAUCUUUGAGUUGGGCCGUCGCCAUAAAAUCAUGAGCCCAGACAAGAUGCGCUCCACAUACGGUAAACUGAUGUAUCUCCUGCAGGACAGUCAAACACCCGAAGUCAGAGAUCUCCUCGGUUUUACGUGUGUCCAGCCUAUUAAGACUGUGUACGCCAUCCUCGAAGAGCACGACGCAUUGGACAUCCUGCGUGACGACCUCAUUGCGACCGCAACGAAAGAGAUAUACUCGGAGGACCGUUCAAGACGAGAAAUCCAGAAGGACAUCAAGUCGAAGGAACGCGCCAUCGAGUCACUCUCGGCCAAGUACGUCCGCGAAGGUCUCAGCCAGGAGCAGAUCCGCCAGUGCCUAUACAGCAUCGGCGACAACCAUGCGUUCCUGCGCGUCAACCGCGAUCCGUGCGACAAGAUGAUCUCAUACCUCAAAAAGUACUUCAGCCCGAACAGCGCGAAGGACUCGAAGAGCAGCCUGGCGAUCAGGAGCGGCAAGGGCGGGGCUCGUCUCACGCACGACCAUUCGAAGCAGUAUGCCUAUGUUAUACAAAGUCUGACGCUCUGGCGUGAAGUCCUGCAUGAUAUGUUCCAUCUCUGGUCCCUUGCCGAGCAGGACCUGCUAUCAGAAAACGCAUCAUACCGCCUGCGUGACACUGGUCAGGGCCUGAACCGCGUCCAAGCCGCGCCCAAGACGUCCCGCAUGAUGCAUGUCAUUCUCAAUCGCGCGCAGAAGAGCAUUGGAUCGUGGGUCGGCUCGUCUGUCAUCCAUAUGGGUGACCACAACGUGCCCAAUGCGCUCAUGUUCAUUGACAAAUAUUCACAAAUCUACCGCAUCCUGCUCCCUAUCUGCAACGCCCUCCAGCAACUCCCCAAAGUCGCCGAGAAUAGCCCCGCGCUCCGAUCAUACUUCGACGACGAGUUCGGCGGCGUGGACAACUGCUGCAAAGAGAUCCUGGGCGACUUCUUCCGCCACGGGUUCGACGGCUCGGGUGCGGGCAACUACUUCGAUGCUGGCUCGUGCAUCGACGGCCGGCUUACGAGUGCGUGGAAUUGGUGUUCGGAGCUGGAGAAGAAGCGCUUCUUCCCCGUGUUCUUGCUUACCGGUUUCAUUGGUUUCGACGGAGAGUGGUAA